UGAACCAAAUUCAUCUCAAUUAGCAAUGUAUUUACAUAGACUACCGGACUGUCAAAACUUGUUUAUCUUAACAUGUAUUUCAACUGCCGCAGAAGGAGUUACAAGAUAUGUUUGUAAAUACGGUAUGAAAUAUUUUAUCGCAAAUUGGUGUACAGCCGUUACAACUAGCAAAUGUCCAAAUUGUGGAAAUACUAUCGGUGGAAUUGCAAUUAACCAAGCAGGGUAUAUUGGGGAACCGCCGAACCGGUUAAUCAAACUUUGAAUCAUUCUGUUAGAUCUCUACCACCUGCAUCAUAUUGUAUUCUGCAUUUAAUUGUUCAUGCUCUUAUUGGAGCAUCUGCAUCUCAACCUGCCCUUGCUUUUCCUAGAAAAAAUAAUCAAACUGC